CGUCCACUCACCCUCCCCCGUCCGCCACCAAAUCCGUUCCCAUCCGCCCCAACGCUCCAACCCUUCUUUCGUCCCCUUUCAGUCGAACCAACGAAUCUCCCACUCCUCCGCUCGGCUCCACCGCACUAUGCUAUAGUCCCUGGAUUCCAGAGUGCCGUCGAUUCCUGCGGGAUCUGCCGAGGCCUGAUCGGAGAAAGCGAGGAUGUCGACUCCUGCAAGGAAGAGACUGAUGAGGGAUUUCAAACGACUGAUGCAGGAUCCCCCCGCUGGUAUAAGUGGGGCCCCUCAGGACAACAAUAUUAUGUCGUGGAAUGCUGUAAUUUUUGGCCCUGAUGAUACUCCCUGGGAUGGCGGUACGUUCAAGCUGACACUUCAGUUUACUGAAGAUUAUCCUAAUAAGCCACCUACAGUGCGAUUUGUUUCUCGGAUGUUUCAUCCUAACAUUUAUGCUGAUGGAAGCAUAUGCUUAGAUAUCCUCCAGAACCAGUGGAGCCCGAUAUAUGAUGUAGCAGCUAUACUUACAUCCAUUCAGUCAUUGCUUUGCGAUCCAAACCCAAAUUCACCUGCCAACUCUGAAGCUGCCCGCCUAUUCAGUGAGAACAAGCGGGAAUACAACCGAAAAGUUCGUGAGAUUGUGGAGCAAAGCUGGACUGCGGACUAAAAUCACUGCACCCAGCUGAUGGAACAUCAGCGUCUUGCGUACUGAACCGCUUGCAAUGUAAUUAAAAUGUUACAACAUGCUUGUUGUUUACUAUGUUUUUCCUUUGGAGUGCAGCAUUGUUUAGAUUCUUCAGCAAUGAAGAUUAUAUCCAGUCUACAUAUAACCAACUAUGCUGAGUUUUAAGGUUUGAAUCAGAUUGAGUUCAGUAUGGACUUGGUUUA